GACCAGACCAGCGCGAGAGCAACGCAAUGCGGCGAUCAAAUCGGUAAAGAUGUAAGACCGUGGAGUCACAUCGUCAGCUCUGCGUGCCAGUCUGUAAAGUCACGACCAGGUCUGAGCACCAAGCGAUUCGAAACGACGACGGUCUGUAGUAGCUGCGGGCGCGCGCUAGUGUCGGCAUCGGAGCUGCUCGUAUCCCUUUUAAUAUCCGCCUUCUCCUCCAACUUUUAGAAUCCCAAAAGUAGUAUAGAGAACCGGUUUCUCUCUCUUUUUCUUCCCCCCCCCCUCUCUCUCUCUUUCUUUCUCUCUUUCUCGGCUAGUGAGUAGCGGCAUAAGCCAGCGUGCGGAAUCAACAUCAGUGAAUUACGAAAUUAUCUUGGAUAUGAACUCUUCGACAUUUGUCGGAAAUCCGGGUGUCAUGGUUGCAGGUCCACCUCCACCGCCACCUCCUCCACCUCCUGUGUCUGGUCACUUGCCAGCUAUGAGGAUAAAUACUGCCGAGAACGCCACAGCAAAGAGGCCGCAAGUAGUUAGCAACGAUGUUUAUGAACCACCAGCAGCCAUUCAGAAUGCAAUGCUAACGAAGGACAAAAAACCUUUUACUUAUACUCCGGGCAUGGGUGGCAAAUUAGAUCUCUCGCAGAUUCGUAGUCCACGAAUGGCGAGAAGAGUAGCGAAAAAUGCUAAUGAUGAGGGCAUAGAGGGACCACCAAAAUCCGCUAUCGAAUCAAAGCAAUCGCCUGCAGUUUCUCCACCAGCGAAUCUCUUGGUGCCUCAAGUCGCGGUACCUGUUUUUCCUUCCAACGUGCCACCCCAGCCACCCCAUAGGAUGUCACAAUCACCUUCAGUCAAUAGAACAUUGUCGAACGCUGUAGACAAACAAGCUGAACAACCAGCAAGAAAUAUUACAAAGGUGGAUACUAAAAUACCGAUUACAGUCACGUCAAGUCAGUCGAGCACUCCUGAAAGUCCGAGUACUCCUACUCAAAUCACUUUAGCCAAGGCUCCUACACCUUGGAUGCAGAAUAAAAAUAAGCCCCAGGAAGAAUUGCCUGAAUGGGCUAAACGAACGAAUGUGAAUAAAACAGUUGGCAGCGACUCGUCGGAGAAUUCAGUUUCUCCGAUUUAUGUUCAAGUCCAACAAGCAUCUCCGCAAUGUUCACAAGCGAAACAAAAGCAAGAGCAAAAACAAUAUUCGAUUCCGCAGUGUCAACAAACAAAACCGCAACAAUUAUCUCAACAGCCGCAGCAGCAGCAGCCGCAGCAGCAGCAGCCGCAGCAACAGCAGCAAAGGCAGAAUAUCAAUUCUGUAACGUCACAACAAACGAAUUCGCAAUCGCAUGAACGAGUUGUACCUAUCCGAAUCGAAGAUAGACCAUCGGUAUUUGAUGUGAAGCGUGAUUCUGGUCAUCAUCAAUUUACCAAACAGCCUCCAACUGUGCAUCAUCAGCAACGAUGGGGUCAAGUACCUGCACAACAUACAUUUGAGAAUCAGCCGCAAAAUCAUCCGCAAAAUCAAAAGCAGUCUCAAAUUCAUGUCACAUCUCGGCCAGAAUCGACUGGAACGACUUAUAUUAUUCCUCUCGUAGUGGAAAGUAGCGAGAAAAGAAAUAUGCCAACUACGGAAAAUAAUAUUAAGAUUGGAAAACCAGCAAGAGUUGUGCAACAGCGGAGUCUCGACCUUAAUCAGCAAUGCGAGCCUGGUCCGAUUCAGUCGCGAUCAUUUCGUGUCCUUCAAAAAAUAACGGACACAGACGAAUUAAACGAUGUUGGUACAGAACAAAUACGUAAAAUGGAAUUAAGUGAAGAUGAAAAACUACUCAUGAAUAAAUUUAAAGAGCAAGUCGACCAAGAGAUUUAUCUUCAUCAAGAGAAAGAUCCAAGAUAUCGUGGUGCGGCAAUACCUUCACGAGCUUUCCGUUUUUUACAAAAUAUGACAGAUUCGAAUGAUGCUUCAGUAACUUGUGCUGUACCACAAAAUGUUGCAAAUAAGCGGCAAAACAGAAAUUCUAAGUCGUUUGAAGAGACACAAGCAAAUUUGCCACCUAGUGAACAACAAGUACAAGAACCGAAGAAAUACACGGGUAGUGCAAUUCCUUCUCGAUCCUUCAGGAUAUUACAAGCAAUGACAGCAUCAGAAAAUAAUGCUACACAAGAAAAUCGUCAAGCAGAUUACACCUGUCGAACAGAGAAUAACUUGCCGGGCAAUCAGCAAGAUGCAUUCUUCUCUCCUCGACCCGUUUCCUUCUGGUCGCAUUCCGAAGGUUGGUGGGGCUAUUAUCCUGUGCAAUAUAAUGCUCCACCCAAUAAGUCCGCAAACGAAGCGGACGAGCGUUCCUUUCCUUACUUACAAUAUCCAGAUGAAAAUGCGUGCGUUGGAUAUAAAUUUUUUUAUCCGGUUUAUGACGAAAACUUUGCGGACGUGGCACGAAUAAACAACCAAGAAAAUUCUUCAGACCAGUACGGUUACGUUGCUGUAAUUUGCCCUCAAGCAGGUUACAAUGAUGUCCAAUCGCACGUUGACGAAAAUAACUGUAACUACGUUCACAAUUAUUAUGCCAGUGUUCAUUCAUCUCCUGCUCAGGACGAUAGUUACUUUGUGCAAGACAGUUCGAUCAAUAAAUCAGGAAACACCUUGCCCAACGAUUUGGGAAUUAAUCACUUGGAUGCACAAUCGAACGGGACACAUAAUCCCAAAAAUGUCUGCGAGAAUUACAAUGAUGAUAAAAAUGGUAUUAAGACGGCGAUGAACAUAGUUGAUGAGGAAGAUGAUACGUCAGAUGAUCCCAACAAAAUUAUGAUCUCUAAUAACAUUGAAAAAUCGAAGAAAACAUUUGGUCUGCAUAUCAAUGUGCCUAAUUACACAUACAUAGACACUAGCGAUUCUAGUGAUUCUAGCGAUUGCAGUGAUUCCAAUGAUUCUAGUGAUUCUAGCGAUUCUGUCUCCGAUAACGAGCAUUUUUCGGAUUCCUGCCAGAAAUAUUGUAAUGAUACUACUUCCAAUAAUACAUUGUCUAAUAGUGAUUCGGAUUCAUACGAAGGUUACUCAAUAGGUAUAAAUCCUUACGAGAAAUUGAAGAGAAAUCCGCGUAAUGUUUCUUCCAGUGAGAAUUAUACCGAUCCCACUGCUUAUUCGGAAUGCUCGAAUGUCGAUAAUUCAUGUAGACAUUCGCAAAGCAAUUCCGAAAAUAAUACUCACGGUGACAAGGCACUUUUAAAAAAAAACGACUAUUCAAACGAACGAAAUUCUUGCACAACGUUAAAGCAGGAUUUUACGUCAAAGUCGAAGGGAUAUAACGAAGAGGGUGACAUGAAUAAUCAAAGCAAUCUCGACUCUUCUAGUCUAGAAGAGUCUAAGAUGAAUUCUGUAAGUAGUCGCGUAUCGAAUACGGAGCAAUGUGAUCAAGAGAGCCUAAUAACUGAUAACGUCGUUUCCCAUCAGUUGGGCAUAAUUUACGAAGAUGUAGAACGGUUGAGUUCUGAGAGUCUUUAUUGCGAAAGUAAGAAGAAGAUCGAUGAACAGAAUGAUGCUUCUUUCGAAGUGACCGAUGAUCAGUCCGAUGAUGCCGAAGCUACAAUGGUUAGCGUGAGUUUGCCUCUAAAAUUCAAAUUUUUCGUGUCCGAGGACAAUGAAGACAUCACCACUGUAACAGUCGGCAACAGUAAAAUAAAGGCAGAGAGAUCUUGUAAUGAAUGUUCCGCUAAAAAUGAUACGGAUGACGAUGUUAGCGCAAAUUUUCAUAUUAGUAAUGAUACCAGCGUGAAUUUUACCGUGAAGAGACACAUGUCAGAUACGACAGGCGCAGCAGAAAGCAUGAAAAAUGAAGCGAGUAUCGAGACAACGGUACCGCAUGUGGAUUUCACUUUCAAGAAAGAUUCAACGAACGUUAGCGGAAUUAACUGCAAAGAACAGAACACGGAGGCGGAAUUCCCAGUUACAAAAACAGAAUGUAACGGAAUAAACGUCGUGGAAUCAGCGCCGAAGAAUGUCGAUGAUUGUACCGCUUCUGAAAUAGACAGGGAAAUCAUUAGGGAGGGAUCAGUAAACGAUGAAAAUUAUAGCCAAGUAGAAUCUGCUUGUAAUAAUUUCGGAUCCACUGACGUUGACAAGACGAUUAUUGAGUCGAAGCUUGCGUCCGAAAGUUCCUGGAUGCAAAAUUUUGAAACACUUCAAACUGUCGAUGCAGAUCAAACAAAUCAGAAGGAUUGUUGCGUAAUAGUCGACGAUGAUCGAUGUGUCGAUCCUGACAGACAGAAAGGUCUCUGUCAGACAGAUAUGAAAUACUUGUUGAGUAUCCAAGAUUCUCAUGAGGAUACCGAUGACGAGGACAGUGGAGUUACUUCUGAUACAAGUCGAAUGAUAUCUGAGAUCGACACAGAGUGUCGUGAGAUCGACACAGAUUCGGAGUCUGCCAUUACGAAGAAGCAAAAGAAGUAUCAACGAACUCAAACGCAUUCACGACUCUUUCGGCUUCUGAACGACGAUUCCAUUUUAUCUGACUGUACCAGAACAGAUCCAUGCAGAAAGGAAUAUCUCAGUUUACCGCUUAAGACAAACGCGUUCAACUAUGAUGACAGUUAUUGCUCCAACUAUUCCAGCGGUUUAACAUCUCCGGAAUAUUCACCUAUUCACGAGCAAUCUUGUCGAAAAUUUCACGACACAGCAAUGAAUGGAAAUAUCAUGAAUUUAUCAGACUGUAAGGUCUACCAUCCGGCGUACCAGCCGGAGAUUCCUUCAAAGGAUAAUUCGUAUUUUUCAAUUUGGAAAAACACGAAAUUACCUAACCCACAGGAGCACGAUGUUAUGCCUUCUCUAGCUUUCAAGAUCCUCAACAGUAAGACGCCCUUUUGGACCUACAAGGUGAACGUACUGUGUCCGAGAAUCAAGAGUACGAAAAGCGUGCCGCAAGCCCUGCUGGCACAGCAAAUCGACCAGAACUAACGACAUUCGUCGGUGAUUCCUCCUAUCCCGAUGUCCUUAUGCGAAUACUAAACCAACUAUUGCUGAUGGCCCUAAGGCAGAAUGAGGCCGGUGUGUUUGCCGCUGCGAGCAACCGCUCUCCACGAUCCACGGACAUAUUUUUUUCUUGAUUCUCUUCACAAGACAGGGCUGAGCAUGCCCAAGGUGCUCUACGGGCUACGUGAUUUU